AUGGUCAGCGAUUCUGUCAUUCAUGCCGUCGCUGGUGCAGCAGGUGGCGUCGUAGCCAUGACGGUUACAUACCCCCUCAUCUUCCUCUCAACCCGAACGGCGGUUGAGACGAAGACGACCCACAAGUCCACGUAUGAAGCCGUUGUAGACAUUAUAAAACGCGAAGGCGUAUUAGGCCUGUACAGCGGGCUUAACUCCAGUUUACUUGGUAUCGCCGUGAGCAACGGUAUCUACUACUACUUCUACGAGCGAACAAAGGGUGCAAUUGUCAGCGCCAGGGGCCACCGGGGAACGAAGGCACUGACCACUCUCGAGGCCAUGCUCGCAGGCCUCAUCGCCGGCUCCUCGACGACGAUCAUCAGCAACCCCAUCUGGGUCAUACAGACCUCGCAGGCAGUGCACACGAUGGAACAGUCGCCCGAGGACCCCUCCGCCCCGCGCCCGGUCAUCAAGCGCCUGGGUUUUGUUGAGACCGUCCAGCAUAUCCUGCGCAAGGACGGCAUUGGCGCAUUCUGGCGCGGCAUCGGUCCCGCGCUCGUGCUUGUGAUUAACCCCGUGCUGCAAUACACUAUAUUUGAGCAGCUGAAGAACCUGCUGGUGAAGCGCCGGACGGCAAAGCUGAGGGCCGCUGGCGGUGCUGCUGCGGCCAUCGCUGUACUCACAGAUUGGGAUUACUUUAUCCUCGGUGCCCUUUCGAAACUAGUGGCGACGUCGUCCACGUAUCCGUACAUUGUCAUGAAGAGCAGACUGCAAGCGGGUCAAGCCCACGCUCUGAAGUACAAAUCGUCACUGGAUGGUAUCCUGACUAUCAUUAAGGACGAAGGUAUCGAAGGCUUGUACAAGGGGAUUGGCAGCAAGCUCGUGCAGAGCGUGUUGACGGCAGCGAUUUUGUUCAUGGGACAAAGGAGAAUAUAUGAAAUCACAAAGAAGGCCGUAACGCCUUUGGCGAACUGA